AUGGCUCAGGAGGAGGGCCGGAGCCUGUCCGAGGUGCGGGUGAGGGUCGGAGCCUCACAUGGCAUCACCGACCUGGCCCACUUCUAUGACUGCUGGGCUCCGGACUAUGACAAGGAUGUGGCCGUCCUGCAGUACCGUGCCCCUCGCCUUGCAGUGGACUGCCUUACACAAGCCCUUUCAGGCCCACCCCACACCGCCCUGAUCCUGGACGCGGCCUGUGGCACUGGCCUGGUGGCUGCCGAGCUGCAGGCUCAGGGCUUCCUCCAGCUACAUGGGGUGGAUGGGAGCCCAGGGAUGCUGGAACAGACCCAGGCCCAUGGCCUCUACCAGCGCCUCAGCCUUUGCACCCUGGGCCAGGAGCCUCUACCCAGCCCCAAAGGGACCUUUGAUGUGGUGCUAAAGGUAGGUGCCCUCAGUGAUGGCCAAGUGCCUUGCAGUGCGAUACCUGAGCUCCUCUGAGUUACCAAGUCAGGCAGGUGGAUGAGAGAGGCCCCAGCCUUUCUCAUGGCCACAGGUUUCCACAGGAUCCAGGCAAAGGGGGUGGGGAAGAUCAAAGAAGGGAACAGUGGCCAACAAGGGUAUGGGCUGGGCAUCCACUCAGAGGCAGAGCCCAAGUAG